CUGAGAUCCUGGCUUUUCCUGACUUACAUGUGAUUAUCCCUGGAGGGAGGGGGCUCAGAGCACCCCACAGCAGGGUGCUUCAAGUGAGUGUACCAUCCCGCGCUGCUCGGAAAGCCGGAGCCCCCCCGUGCCGAGGGAUGAGUUUUGUGACCCCUGCGGUUAUUAGUGACGUGGCCACCACCCAGGCUCAUCACUGGCAGCACCGUGGGACGGGGAGCUGUGGCACGAGGAGACCCCCGAAUAACGAAACCCUUCCGGCUCAGAGGAAAGCAUGCCCAGGGUUGCAUUCUGGCAGCGACCAGUCGCUGACCCUGGUUUUCUGUUGGCCUCUGGCAUCACCCUGGCUCGGCACCACUCCCCUCUGCACGCUGGAGCUGGUCACAGGCAGCUGGGUCUGCAUGCACUCACUAGCUAGUGUUACAUCAGGCUAUCUGCGAGCGGCUGUGUGAGUGUCACGGAUGGCUGGGGAGCAGCUCCUUCUCAUCCCCACUCGGCUCCCUUCUGGGGCAGUGCCUGGACAUGACAGCCCGCUCAAGCACUCAGGUACUGACUGCACCAAAGAUACAAGCGCUGGCAUGGAAAUAGGGAACUGCUUGUUGUACGGAAAGGUGAAGCGGACCAGGCGAUGUGGAGGCCCAGCAGCAGCUAGAUCUCAGUUUGCCUCUGGGCUCAGACUGCCUGAACAGUAAGUGGGGCUAUUACCAGGGGCUAAUGGCGCAGGGCAGCUGCAGCGAGCCCAUGGCCUGCUGAGGCACCGUGUGGCAAGGCAGCCGGGCGCAAGAGAGACGCGAGGCCCUGGUCUGGGAACGCAGUCACUGAAGGGAGUGCUCCGGGAGACGUUGUCCACAACGAUGGCUAGUGAGAAAGAAGAGUCCGUUUCUACUGGCCUAUGCUGCAAAGGGACACAGGCCUGGGGAUGGACAGCCAUACGGCCUCUGGAGGUGCAAAUCCAGCGCUUGCCCUGUUUGGGACCUGCACGCCCGUUCAAGCAGGCCUCAGAAGAAAGGAAGGAGCCUGCCGCGCUUGGCCCCGGCCAUGGCUUAAAUGACACCUACUCCCCAAAGUAGGAUCGUACUCGGGGUUCGGCAGCUCUGGACCAGAUACCUUGGCAGUGUGACAGAGACUGUGAGGAGUGUCCUUGCUCACCUUUUGUACUAUUUUUUUCCUAAUUCUACAUGUUGAUGGAGGCAUUUACACAUUCGGUCCUGUUUCAGUGCUCUUCACUGGACUGUCCGCUACGCAUUGGGAGCUGCUUACCUGCACCCACCCAGGAACGCUUGUGCUACUUCUCCCCUUUCUCCGCCUGAUGAGUUCCGCCUUCUUCUGGUCACAGUAAUCAGUGGUGGUGCCUGAGGACUAGAAGAACCAAGUGUCACCCGGUUUCAAAGAAGGGCGAGAAAGAGGAUCCAGGAAAGAGGCAGAUCGCUGCUUGGACGGAUGUCUUGCCUGUCACUGACUCCUGGAACGAGAUAGAUGAGGCUCAGAGAUAUCGUUUCCUUAAGGGAGUGGGAUCAGUGAUACCGAGAUCCAUUCAUUAGAUUGUUACCUCUGAACUGUUCAGCUUUGCUCUUACUCCAAGGCAUUCUCCAGACCCCUUAUCUAGAAGACGACAGCAUAUUACUUUCUAACAGUAACUGGGAACUGGAAACUAAGUUAACCCCAAGGGAACAGAACUUCAUACAACAUCUGCACACCAUGACAACAAACGCAUCUAGCGACUGCAACGUCACAAGUUCGGAACUCUACCACCACAUUCGUCUCCUUGAAUUCACUCUUUAUAUCCUCAUUUUCUUCUUUGGAGCAAUAUUUAAUGCCCUUGCCCUGUGGGUGUUCUUCUACAAAAUAAAGAAGUGGACAGAAACCAGGGUGUAUGUCAUCAAUUUAGUUUUUGCAGAUUGCUCCGUCAUCUGCACCUUGCCAUUCAUGGCUUAUUUACUCUGGAAUAAGUCAGUCCGAGAUGAACUCUGCCAGUUCACAGAGGCAAUGUAUAUUAUCAACAUGGUAGUGAGCAUCUACAUCAUUUCAUUUAUCUCUCUCGAUCGAUACAUUGCCAUAAAGCACCCCCUGAAAUCUAAGGCCUUCAGGUCUCCGUCAAAGGCUGCACUCCUCUGUGGACUUGUUUGGGUCUCUGUGAUAAUCAGCGUGACCCUACAACUUCAGCAGAGACAGGCCACUUUCUGCUUUCAAAGGGAUACGACCACACCAACUCUUUUAACUCUGCUUUCACUUUUCUUUGUUUUUACUCUUCCAUUAGCAACUUUGACCUUUUGUUCCAUUGAAGUCAUCAGGAACCUGAAGAGACGACUGAACACAAAUUCACUGGAGGAGAAAUUAAUCCACAAAGCUGUUUACAUUUAUACAAAUAUGACUGUAUUUUUAAUAUGUUUUCUCCCAGCCUACCUUGGGCUACUUACCAGGUUCAUAAUGGAGAGUAUUGGAGUAACCUGUUCCCUGAUUCAGGUCAUGAGGAACUUGUCUUCUGUGACGAGGUGCGUGGCCACAUCUAACUGCUGCCUGGAUAGCAUUUGCUAUUAUUUUGUGACCAAGGAAUUCCAAGAGGCCCUUCCUCUAUCCAAACCCAGCGCUGACAAAACGGAUCAAAUGCGCACCUCUCAGAUACACAGUUGCUAAAGAUAGAUAAGAAGGAACAGACAUCCACUUUGCAAUGUCAAGAGAAGAUAUAGCUUCAAUGUCAUUGGGAUAACUAUUUCUCUCUCUCUCCAGGGAGAUCUUUGUUGGGUACAUCAUUACUAAC